CGUUAGGGGAAGAUUCUGGAACGUAAGGCCUUGUCGCCAUUUUGUUGUGUUGCGUACGAAGGGUUUACCGGAGCGGAACAUUGACUCCCUGGUUAGCAGACAUGGCAUCAGAUGACUUUGAUAUAGUGAUUGAAGCAAUGCUGGAGGCACCUUAUAAAAACCAGGAAAAGGGGGAGGAAGAAACUCCCAAUAGGGAGACAAAGAAGGAAGAGGAAAAAGAGACGGACAGCAGUCGGCCUGGAAACGCCAGUAGUAGUAGCAGGAAAAGGAGCAAGAGCAGGAAAAGGAGCAAGAGCAGAAGUCGUGAUCGACGACGAAGUCGGAGUAGGGACCGGCACAGACGACGCAGCAGUAGAGAAAGACCGCGCAGCCGUGAUCGCAGGCACAGAAGCCGUAGUCGCGGAAGACGAUACAGUUCGAAAAGUCGUGAUCGUCGAGGAGAUGAACGUUCCAGACACCGCAGUCCUGGGCGGCGCCACACACGCAGCAAAAGUCGCAGCCCCCGACACAAGGAAAAGAGUCCUAUUAGGCAACCAGAACCCACCCUGACUCCAGAAGAACGUGAUGGAAGGACAGUAUUUUGUAUGCAGUUGGCUGCUCGCAUUCGUCCACGUGACUUAGAGGACUUUUUCUCUUCUGUAGGAAAAGUGCGAGAUGUGAGAAUUAUAGCAGACAGAAACUCUCGCAGGUCAAAGGGCAUUGCAUAUGUUGAAUUUGUAGAUAUCCAAUCUGUACCUUUGGCCAUUGGCCUAACUGGACAGAGACUGCUGGGUGUACCCAUCAUCGUACAGGCUUCACAGGCUGAGAAGAACCGUUUGGCAGCUAUGGCAAAUAAUCUGCAGAGAGGAAAUUCUGGACCCACACGUUUGUAUGUAGGCUCUCUGCACUUCAAUAUCACUGAGGAUAUGCUACGAGGAAUCUUCGAACCUUUUGGAAAGAUUGACAACAUUCAGCUUCUUAGAGAACCUGAUACUGGACGGUCCAAGGGUUAUGGAUUUAUUACGUUUUCAUAUGCAGAGUGUGCUCGGCGAGCCCUGGAUCAAUUGAAUGGGUUUGAGUUGGCCGGUCGCCCCAUGAAAGUUGGUCACGUGACAGAUCGUGGUGAUGGCAAUACAGAUGUUUCGUUCCUUGAUAAUGAGGAUCUUGAGCGCAGUGGGUUUGAUCUGGGGGCAACUGGAAGAUUGCAGCUUAUGGCUAAAUUGGCAGAGGGUACUGGUCUGCAGAUCCCAUUUGCGGCUCAAGCUGCUCUGCAGCUGAAUGGAGUAAUUCCACUGACUUCCCUGAACCCUGCCCUUUCAGCACUUAACCCGGCUUUGAGUUUACAACAACAGUGCUUCUCACUCUCACAGCUCUUCAAUCCACAGACCAUGUAACAUUAAGAGAAAAC